GGACUGUCCCGCGAGCGGUGAGCGGCCCGCGGGGAAUAAGCAUGGGGACCGAGGAAACCCUAGAACCAUGUUUCUCAAACUUGCCUGCCAGUAAGACUUUCCUGGGACAUUUGUUAAAAUGAUUACUGGGCCCUAUCUUUAGACAUACAGAAUUUUCAGAAAAAAAUAGUCCGGAAGUCUGUUUUUAACAAAUGGUUAACUGGCAAGAUUGGAAAACAGCUCUAGAGGAGGGAGACACAGGCGGAGGGGUUGGCCGCGGGGCCGAGGAAGCAAGCCGAUGGACGUGGAGCUGAGUCUGAAAGGGUUUUGAAAAGCUUAAGGGCUGGAGCCAGUGAUUUAGAGCAUCUGGAGCCACUGAGCCUGUGACCUAAGUGGAAAUAUAGAUACUAAUUGGAUUCAGAAAACGUUGUCCACUGCUUCUAGCCUGUGGGAAUCCCAGUAGAAGAAAGCCAAAGGGUCCAUUAAAAUGGAUUCCACCCAUGUCAGAAACCUGUACAUGUACCUCCUGAACCGAAAAGAAAGUUGGAAAUAAUACCUAAACUUACUUGUUGACAUGGUAUCAAAACAGAGCUUUUGCUGAGAGUUUGAUUUAUAAAGAAAUUAUGGUUCGACUGACCUUGGAUCUAAUUGCCAAAAACAGCAACCUUAAACCCCGAAAAGAAGAAACCAUUUCACAGUGCCUGAAGAAAAUAACUCAUAUAAAUUUUUCAGACAAAAAUAUAGAUGCAAUUGACGACCUCUCUCUUUGCAAAAAUCUUAGUGUUUUAUAUUUAUAUGAUAACUGUAUUAGGCAAAUCACUAACCUGAAUUAUGCCACAAAUCUGACCCACUUAUACCUACAAAACAAUUGCAUUUCAUGUAUAGAGAAUCUCAAGUCAUUAAAGAAACUGGAAAAACUGUAUCUGGGAGGCAAUUACAUUGCUGUCAUAGAAGGUUUAGAAGGAUUAGGAGAACUAAGAGAGCUUCAUGUUGAGAGUCAGAGGCUUCCCCCUGGGGAAAAGCUUCUGUUUGAUCCAAGAACUCUUCAUUCUCUGGCAAAAUCCCUCUCUAUAUUGAAUAUCAGCAAUAAUAAUAUUGAUGACAUUAAAGACUUGGAAAUACUGGAGAAUCUUAAUCAGCUCAUAGCUGUUGACAACCAACUUCUGCAUGUGAAGGUGCAGUGGCUCACGCCUGUAAUCCCAGCACUUUGGGAGGCUGAGGCAGGAGGAUUGAUUGAGCUCAGGAGUUCGAGACCAGCCCAGGAUUUGGAGUUUUUACUGAACAAGUUGAUGAAGCUGUGGAAAAUUGAUCUAAAUGGAAAUCCUGUUUGUCUCAAACCAAAAUACAGGGACAGGCUGAUACUGGUGUCCAAAUCACUGGAAUUUCUUGAUGGAAAAGAAAUUAAAAAUAUAGAAAGACAAUUCCUGAUGAAUUGGAAAGCAUCCAAAGAUGCCAAGAAAAUCAGCAAAAAAAGGAGCAGUAAAAAUGAGGAUGCAAGCAACUUGUUCAUAAGGAAGCACUCUGUCACUCAUUAGCUGACCACUCUUAUAGCAAAGGGAAUAUUCUAAGCAACAAAAAAAUGCCAACAAAUAAAAUGGUUUUUGCUUAGUAUUUUUUUGUUUGUUUUAUGGGGUUUUUUAAAAACUGAUUUACUUAGUUGUACAUAAAGAUAAGUACAAUUUGUCUUGUAUUGGAAAUUUUACCUAUAAUGUUUAUAUAUGAAAAUGGAAGCACUCUGAACAAAAGCUGUGUGUGAUUUUGUGUAAACAUAGAGCCACGAGGGUGGGGAAAGAUGUAUAAUUUUAUAUCUGGCAAAAGUGCAUCAUACCAGCUAUGUAAAUUGUGAAACCUAAGCCACUAGUAUAUUUGUUUAGUAACAGUGCAAAAAGUCUGGAUGUGGUGGCUCACGCCUGUAAUCCCAGCACUUUGGGAGGCUGAGGAGGGUGGUACACCUGAGGUCAGGAGUUCAGGACCAUCCUGGCCAACAUGAUGAAACUUCAUCUCUACUAAAAAACCAAAAAAUUAGCCAGGCAUGGUGGCGGGCACCUGUAAUCCCAGCUACUUGGGAAGCUGAGGCAGGAGAAUCGCUUGAACACAAGAGGCGAAGGUUGCAGUGAGCCAAGAUUGUGCCAUUGCACUCCAGCCUAGGCAACAAGAGCAAAACUCCAUCUCAAAAAAAAAAAAGUGCAAAAAUCACAUUUUUCAUCAGGAUAGAAAAUAACAAUGUAUUGGCCAGGCACAGUGGCUCACGCCUGUAGUCGCAGCACUUUGGGAGGCCAAGGCAAGAGGAUCAUGAGGUCCAGAGAUGGAGACCAUCCUGGCCAACAUGGUGAAACCCCAUCUCUACUAAAAAUACAAAGAUUAGCUGGCGUGGCAGCAGGUGCCUUUAGUCCCAGCUACUUGGGAGACUAAGGCAGGAGAAUCACUUGAACCCAGGAGGUGGAAGAUGCAGUGAGCCCAGAUCAUGCCACUGCACUCCAGCCUGGUGACAGGGCGAGACUCCAUCUCAAAAAACAAAACAAAACUGAAAAAAAUGCAGAUGUAGUUACAUCUGCAGACUGUACCCCUUCUUAUGCACAUACCCCAACAACUGAAUGUUUUGAUUAUAAUAUACCUAAAGUUGUGUUACAAAGGACAUACCAACCUCCUUUGCCUAACUAAUGUGACAAAAUGUAACUAAGAGUAAUGUGUAAGUUAUCUUUAUUUUGGAACAUCCAAGAACUGACUAGUCUGGCUGGGCUCAGUGGCUCAUACUUUUAAUCCCAGCACUUUGAGAGGCUGAGGCUGGUGGACCACCUAAGGUCAGGAGCUCCAGGCCAUCUUGGCCAGCAUGGUGAAACUCCAUCUCUACAAAACAUAAAAAUUAGCCAGGCAUGAUGGCAGGUGCCUGUAAUUCCAGCUACUUGGGAAGCUGAGACAGGAGAAUUGCUUGAACCCAGAAGGUGGAGGUUGCAGUGAACUGAGAUUCUGCCAUUACAUUCCAGCCUGGGAGACAGAGCAAGACUCUGUCUCAAAAAAGAAACAAAAGAAAAGAACUGACUAGUCACCGAUUUUUUAGCCUAUGAUGUUGGAAUGAGCCCCUUCCUCUUUUCCAUGAUAGAGUUUGAUGCUAAUGUUCUUGUUCUACAACUGAUUAAGGGAGCAGAUAAGGACACAGUGAAGGGGCUAAGCCAGGGGAAUAUGAAAAGGGAAAUGGGGAUGCUGUAGUGAGGCAUUAUGCACAGAUAGCAUAUUGUAGGAGCUCUGUCAUUCUAGGACAAGGUGUUUGACAUGAGGAGGAACAUGGGUGGAGAGGCAUGGACCUCUAGUGAUUUUGCCAUAUCAUGUUCACUGAAUACUAUAGACCAAGCAUGGUGGUUCACACCUGUAGUUCCAGCACUUUGGGAGGCUGAGGUAGGAAGAUAGUUUGAGCCUAGGAGUUCAAGAUCAGCUUAGGCAACACAGUGAGACCUCAUCUAUACAAAAACUAUUUUAAAAUUAGCCAGGCAUGGUGGCAUGUGCUUGUUGUCCCAGCCACUUGGGAAACUGAGGCAGGAGGAUCACUUGAGCCUGGGAGAUCAAGGCUGUAGUGAGCCAUGAUUGUGCCACUUCACUCCAUCCUGGGCAACAGAGCAAGACCCCAUCUGAAAAAAAUAAAGAAUAUAAACUAUGGAAGAUUAUUAGGUAGAAUGGGACUUUCUUAGUUGACAAUAUACUCAUGAGUAUAUUGCAAUAUACUGUGUUGCAAUGUGAAUUUCUCAAGAUCUGAAACUUCUAAAAUAAUCAGAAAGCAUUUUUCCUCUAUUCAUUGCUGGCUGGCUGUGAAGGGCAGAACUAGACCUAGGGUAAGGAUUCUAGUAUUUUACAUAUUUUCAGUAUUACACCAAAGAUGUCACCUUUUUACUAUUUAAUACUAGCCCUCACCCCAGAAUUGGGCCAAUUCUAAAAAUAAUGUAGUUUCUUUCAUAUUAACAGAUUUUGAAAAUUCUUCCUAAUUUAGGAGCAACUAUAUUAAUUGUUAACAUCAAUGAAAUUUUACAAAAUAAUACUGUCUUUAAAUUUCGAACUUUAAAAAAAUUGUAGUCAACUAACCAAAGCAAUCUAUACAAUGCAAUCCCUAUAAAAACUACAUUCUUCACAGAAAUAGAAAAAAAAUUACUAAAAUGUAUAUGGAACCACAAAGAACCCCAAAGAACCAAAGCAAUCCUGAACAAAACCAACAAAGCCAGAAGAUUCAAGAUAUAUUACACUACUAGACUUCAAGAUAUAUUACAAAGCUAUAGUAACCAAAAUACCAUGGUAUUGGUAUAAAAACAGAAACAUAGACCAGUAGAACAGAAUAGAGAUCCCAGAAACCAAUCCACUUAUCUAUAGCCAACUAAUUUUUGGCAAAGGUGCCAAGGACAUACAUUGGAUCACAGCUCACUACAGCCUCAAUCUCCCAGGUUCAAAUGAUCCUCAUGCCUCAGCCUCCCAAGUAGCAGAGAUGAUGGGUGUGUUCCAACAUGCCCAGCUAAUUUUAAAAUAUUAUUUGUAGAGAUGAGGUCUCACUGUGUUGCCCAGACUAAUCUUGAACUCCUAGGCUCAAGCUAUCCUCCUCUUCAAUAAAUGGUGAUUGGAAAACUGGAUAUCCACAUGCAGAGGAACGAAACUAGAUCCCCAGCUCUCACUCUACGCAAAAAUCAACUCAAUAUGAAUCAAAGGCCUAAAUGUAAGACCUGAAACUAUAAAACUACUAAAAGAAAACAUAGAGGAAAUGCUUCAGGACAUUGAUCUGGAAAAAGAUUUUAUAAUAGGACCUCAAAAGCACAAGCAAUGAGAACAAAAACAAACAAAUGGGAUUAUAUCAAACUAAAAAGCUUCUGCCCAGCAAAGGAAACAAGAGUGAAAAGACAACAUAAGAAUGGGAAAAAAUAUCUGUAAAGUAUUCAUCUGACAGGAUUAUUACUGAGAAUAUACAAGGAACUGAAACAUCUCAACAGCAAAAAAAACAACAACCAACAAUCCAGUUUUUAAAUGGGCAAAGGAUCUGAACAGACAUUUCUCAAAAGAAGACAUACAAAUGGACAACAAAUAUAAGAAAAAUAUGCCCAAUAUCCCUAAUCAUCAGGGAUGCAAAUCAAAACCACAAUGAGGUAUUGUCUCAUCCCAGUUAAGAUGGCUAUUAACAAAAAGACAAAAAAAUAAUAACAGCUGGCCUGUUAAUGGUGGCUCACACCUGUAAUCCCAGCAUUUUGGGAGGCUAAGGUGGGUCAGGAGUUCAAAAGCAGCCUGGCCAACACAGUGAAACCCUGUCUCUACUAAAAACACAAAAAUUAGCAAAGUGUGGUGUUGCACACCUGCAAUCCCAGCUACUUGGGAGGUUGAGGCACAAGAAUUGCUUGAACCCAGGAGGUAGAGGUUGGCAAUGAGCUGAGACUGCACCACUGCACUCUAGCCUGGGUGACAGAGUGAGACAUAAUCUCAAAAAAAAAAAAAAAAAGCUGAUGAUAUUGUUUGGCUGUGUCCCACCCAAAUCUCAUCUUGAACUUUAGCUCCCAUAAUUCCCAUGUGUUGUGGGAGGGACUGGUGGGAGAUAAUUGAAUUAUGGGGGCUGUUUCCCCCAUACUGUUCUUGAGAUCUGAUGAUUUUAUAAGGGGUUUCCCCUUUUGCUUGGCUCUCAUUCUCUCUUGUCUGCCACUAUGUAAGAUGUGCUUUUCACCUUCUGCCAUGAUUGUGAGUCCACCCCAGCCACGUGGAACUGUGAGUCCAUUAAAUCUCGUUUUCUUUAUAAAUUA